GAUGAUGAUGAUGAAUCGGAUGAUGAUGAUGAUGAUGAUGAUUAUGAUGAUGAUGAUGCUGGUGAGGUGCGACGUCCAGACGAGAAACAAAACAUUACUGCUCAUUGUGAGCUUCACGUCUUCUCCUAUGUUAAUCAAGCCCAUACCUAUUCUUAGCCCACUCCGGCUCAAAUCAAAUCCUAAUUAA